AUGCUUAUUACAUUGCUGCUGUUAGCAAUUGCUCUGGCCCUGGUGAGAAGUACCAAAAUAGUAGGUGGCACCAGUGUUGACGUCAUAAACUACCCUUAUCAAGUAUCCAUGCAAUACCAAGGUCGACACAUUUGUGGCGGUUCGAUUUUAACCACCAAAUACGUCAUUACAGCUGCUCAUUGUACAGACAAAAUUUCGCCUUCACAACUAACAUUUCUUGCUGGGUCUUCGAUAAGAUCUCGCGGCCAACUAGUUAAAGCCAAAACUAUCAGGCAACAUCCAAAAUUCAACGUAAUUGACUAUGACGUCAGUGUAGCUGAGGUUGCACCCAAAUUCGUCUUCAAUAGACAACUAAAUAAUGUGGCAUUAGUUGCCAAAGAGCCUAUUCAAGGUUCGCAGGGCAAGGACAGCUGCCAAGGCGAUUCCGGAGGCCCCUUGGUCACCUUAAAAGACUCCAAACUGGCCGGAAUUGUUUCAUGGGGCUUCGGUUGCGGCAGAAGAAACUUCCCGGGGGUUUACACCAAUUUAAACAACAAAGAAAUACGUGAUUUCAUUAGACAAAUUACGGGAAUUUGAAUGUAUAUUUAGUUUGAAAUAAAGUUAAAUUGAAUUUUCUUAUCAGGUUUGGACCAGUUGGGUCUCAGAUGAUGCGCCUUUAACAAGGUAUUAAAUUACUAUAUGCGAACUUGAAAAAGUUUUCAAAAUUUCAACUUUCCAGUCACUUUAGUUUUUGAGUGAAAAAAUUGUUUGUAAAGUCUUACUUCAUAAAAUAUCAUUAUUUUCAAAAAAUCGUAACUCC